AUGCCUUCGCGGAAUCCAUCGCCCGAGCCUUCGGCGGAGCGACAGAGCCAAUUCCCCACAGAGGAGGCUCAAAAGUCGACGGGCUCUGGUGUCAUUGAGAUAUCUCUCGCGGACAGCGUCCCAAAGCAACCCAAGCCCGACGACGAGUUCUGGCUCGAGGACGGCAAUCUCACCCUCAUCGCGCGCAAUGCCGUCGAAUUCCGAGUCUAUAAGGGACCGCUGAUCGCGAACUCGCCCGUCUUCAGAGACAUGCUGUCCCUACCGCAGCCUGCACCAGAGCACGGCCAUCCGAACGCUGACCCCAAAUCUCCUGGCACCCUGUGCCACCGAUGCGCCACCUACACGCCCGCCCUCGUGCACGUCCCAGACUCGCCCGAGGAUCUGCGGCAUUUCCUCCGCGUGCUCGUCCCCGGACGCACCCCUCGAGUGACGCCAGACGACCUCUCCUUCCACGCCGUCUCCGCCUGCGUCCGGCUCGGGCACAAGUACGAGGCCGAGGCCGUGCUGCAAGGCGCGCUCGGAUACCUCAAGAAGUACUACGUCGACUCCUUCGACACCUGGCCGCGCGUCGACCCCCCGCGGCCGCCCGCGUUCGAGGCCGCGCACGCGAUCGGCGUCGUCAACCUCGCGCGCCUCACCGGCACCGACGCGCUCCUGCCCGCGGCGCUCAUGGGCUGCUGCAUGCUCGGCGCGGACGAGCUCAUCCGCGGCUUCAUGCUCGAGGGCGAGACCGGGGACGGGGCGCGGCGGGAGGCGCUGGCAGACGCGGCGGACGUCGGGCGGUGCUUCGCGGGUCGCGCGAACCUGAUGCAGGCGAACACGCUCGCGACGCUCUCGCUCUUCGCGCAGACGCUCUCGGAGGGCUGCACGCGGCGGGAGGUGUGCGGGGCGGUGUUCUUGAGGCUGGUGGACGAGCUGCGGGGCCACGAGCGCGUGGUGUGCACGCUGGACUGGUUCAAGUACUGGACGGACUACAUCGACGGGCGGGACGACGACCGGCGGAUCUGCGCGGCGUGCUACAAGAUGCUGCAGGACCGGGAGAAGGUGCAGCACAAGGACAUCUGGCGGCGGCUGCCGGAGCUGAUGGGGGUGACGGUGGAGGGGUGGGCAGCGGAUGGGCCGGCGGCGGCGGAUGCCAGUGCGACGCCUGCGGGACAGGCGUGA